UUGUGUGUUUUUAAUCAGAGAUACACUGUCUCUCUGUAUCUUGAUAGAUUUGACUGUAAACUUUUGAGCACAGGAUAAAGCCGAAUUGCCUGAAUUACAGAAGCUCUCUGAAUUAAAAAGAUUGAUUUCAAAAGCAAAGAAUACAUCAGGAUGGUAUCCUGAUGUAUUUUUUGCAUGGUCAUGAUACUUUUUCAAUAUUUUAAGUUUUUUUUUUAUAGCCCUUUAAAAUAAAUAACCUUAUUAAAUUAUUAUUUUUUUUUUCAAUAUCAAAUAAUAUAUAACUAACUGUUUAUUUUGCAUAGUUCAGGCUAAUUAAGGAGAGAACAGCAGAUAUAGGGUACCCUGCAACAUUACCUAAAUAUUUUCCUGUGGCACUGGAUAUUUUUAGGAAAUAUAUUAUUACUUGUGUGUUUAAUAUCUAUAAAUAUGCCCUUAAGGCUGCUAAAAUAUUGAUCUAUGGGCGUGGCACUCGUGUAAUAGGAAGUUGGCUCUCACUGAGUUCAAUCAACAACUGCAUAGCAUUAGGCAAUUCUUUUCUAUGUCCAGUAGAUGGUGAUAUUUACAUAAAGUAAAUAUGGAAGGAUAUGAUGCUGUUUAGGACACAGCAUUUUCUCUUUAUCUAGUCAACGCGAUGGAAGAAACGUAUUGAGGUAAUAGGUCACUAAAGGACCACCAUACCAAGGAAGUUGCUGGAGAGAUGUGUAGGAGACUGGAUUGUUUGGAAUUAUAAACAGAGGACCACACAGCACAUUUCGGACCCACUACCAGUUACUAUUCAGGCCUCUAGCUUCUCAAUCAUCUUCAACAUAAGCCGGAUACUUUUCAAUAAUGUUGGCUUUGAAUAACACAAAUUGCCUGGAACAGCCACUCUCCGCUGGGUUUCGUAAGCUUGGAAGGCUUGUCGGCAGAUUUCCUUGGUGGUUUCUUAUUAUACCCAUUGUUUUAUCUGUUGGAUUAGGAGCCGGAUUUAUGUUUUUACCUCAGAGGAAAUCUAAUGACAUAGAAGAGCAGUUCACUCCAGUUGGAGGACCAGCUAAGGAUGAGCGUAAAUUCAUAAUGGAUCACUUCCCAGUUAAUGACUCAGGACAGUUUUCUGCACAGAGGCUGUUUACUGAGGGGGCAUUUGCUUCUCUCAUUGCUGUCAGUACAUCAACAAAUGUCCUUGAUAUUAGCUCAUUUCAAGAGUUUCUCAAGCUGGAUAAGGCAGUAAGGAGCAUGAAUAUAACGAUAGUUGGAAGUGAAGUACAGCUUGGAUAUCAGCAACUGUGUGCAGAAAUUCAAGGUUCCACUUGCAUGGCACCUAAUCCACUCAUAGCUGAAGUGCAAGGUAACCCUGAGAGGAUAGAAAAAAUAGAUGUGACUUACCCCAUGUUUCUGAAUAAAACAUUCCUGGGAAUGUACCUUGGAGGUGUGAAACUGGGCCCAGCAGAUACAGUGCUAGAAGCCAAAGCCCUCCGGCUAGUGUAUUACCUGAAAGAGGACAAAGCAGAGGACCGAAACAACAGUCUUGUCUGGCUUAAUCACUUUAUUAAAACUAUUCCUCAGCACAUAGAUGAAUUACAACUGAAAAAUAUACAGGUAUCCUAUUUUACAUCAUUGUCACGACAGUUGGAAUUUGAAGGCAAUGCAAAAACUGUGAUCCCAUUAUUUUCUAUUACAUACUUUAUCACAAUAUUCUUCUCUAUUAUUUCAUGCUUAAGAUUUGACUCUGUAAGAAAUAAAGUUUGGGUUGCAGCAUUUGGAGUGAUUUCAUCUGGAUUAGCCGUGCUGAGUAGUUUUGGUCUAUUACUAUUUUGUGGAGUUCCCUUUGUCAUAACAGUAGCCAAUGCCCCAUUUCUUAUUCUAGGUGUUGGGGUGGAUGACAUGUUCAUUAUGCUUUCAAGCUGGCAACAAACAAAAGUUAAAAGAAAAGUAGAAGAACGAAUGGCAGAUACAUAUGCAGAAGCAGCUGUCUCAGUAACAAUCACAACUCUAACAGAUGCCUUAGCUUUCUACAUAGGGAUAAUGACUUCUUUUCAAUCCGUGCAAACCUUUUGUAUCUAUACUGGGACAGCCAUAUUAUUUUGUUUCCUCUACAACAUCACCUGUUUUGGGGCUUUCCUGGCACUAAAUGGUAGACGUGAGGAGAGUAAUAGACAUUGGCUGACUCUUACAAAAAUGAAAGAUCAGACUGAUAGUGAGCGUUCUUCUGUAUACAACGCAUGCUGUGUUGGGGGAUCCUAUGACCAGGAUACUGGUAAGGAGAUUGAACAUCCAAUGACUCUGUUCUUCCGUAAGUAUUAUGGGCCUUUCCUUACAAACAUCUGGACCAAGAUAAUUGUGAUUAUCUUAUAUUGUGGAUAUCUGGCCAGCAGCAUUUACGGAUGUUUUUAUGUCCAAGAAGGGAUUGAGCUGCGUAAUUUGGCUCCUGACAAUUCAUAUGUAGCUGCAUUUUAUGAGAAAGAAGAAUUAUACUUUUCAAUCUAUGGUCCUAGAGUAAUGGUUGUUAUUACUGAACAAGCAGAAUACUGGAAUAUAGAAACCCGGGACAAAAUUGAAAGCUGCUUUAAAAGCUUUGAAAAUAAUUCUUAUGUUGAGAAGACACUAUCUGAGUCGUGGUUGAGAACAUAUGUAAAUAUUGCUGAGAAAUAUAAAUUGAAUAUACGCACCCAGGAUUUAUUUGUUACACAUUUAUAUAACUUUUUUGCUAAUGCACCUAUUUAUAAACAAGAUGUUGACAUUAAAUCAAAGGAGAUCAUAGCAUCCCGCUUUUUCAUUCAGACUAUUAAUGUAACCACAGCAGUUGAUGAGAAAGAAUUGUUAAACCAGCUUCGAGACAUAGCAAGUAGAUGUGACAUUCCACUACUAGUGUAUCACCCAGCGUUUAUUUACUUUGAUCAAUAUGCUGUGAUAAUCCAGACUACUAUUGCAAACGUCCUUAUAGCUGCAGCUGCAAUGUUUCUUAUCUCACUACUGUUAAUUCCCAACCCUCUCUGUGCAUUAUGGGUGACAUUUUCUAUUGCUUCUAUUAUAGUUGGUGUUACAGGAUUCAUGACUUACUGGGAUGUUAACUUAGAUUCUAUAUCAAUGAUCAACCUUGUUAUUUGCAUUGGGUUCUCAGUUGACUUUUCAGCUCAUAUUUCAUAUGCGUUUGUUUCUAAUGUGAAAUCCAAUGUGAACGAGAGGAUGAUUGAUGCUUUACAUUCCCUUGGAUAUCCCAUUCUACAGGGGGCUUUAUCAACAGUUUUGGGUGUGAUAGUACUUUCUGCAGCAGGAAGUUACAUUUUUAGAACAUUUUUCAAGAUUAUGUUCCUUGUUAUUUCAUUUGGAGCACUCCAUGGUUUAGUUUUCCUUCCAGUGUUUUUAUCUGUUUUGGGCAGUUGUUGCACAAAAUGCUUUAAAACUGUAGUAAAAGAUAAAAAUGACAUAAAUGAUUUAGAGACCUUAAAUGCUCCUGAGCUUUUGAAAAACACACUAGUUACAACAUUUUGAAAAGCCAAUAACCUUAAAGGGACAUUAAACCCCAAUUUUUUCUUUGAUGAUUAAGAUGGAGAAUGCAGUUUUAAACAACUUUCUAAUUUACUUCUAUUCUCUAAUUUGCUUCAUUAUUUAGAUAUCGUUUGUUGAAGAAAUAGCACUGCACAUGGGCAAGCCAAUCAAACGAGGCAUCUAUGAGCUGCCACCAAUCAGCAGCUACUGAGCCUAUCUAGAUAUGCUUUUAAACAAAGGAUAUCAAGAAAAUGAAGCAAAUUAGAUAAUA